AUGGCGGUGGGCCUGCAGGUUGUGGGUCUGCUACUGGGCGUGGUGUCCUGGUGUCUGCAGUCCAGCUGCACCUCCUCUCAGGUGUGGAAGGUGAGGAGUCAGAUGGAGUCGGUGAGCAGCGGUCAGUGGCAGUUUGAAGGCUUGUGGAUGAGCUGUGCCGCCACCUCGCUGGGGUCCGUCCAGUGCAGCAGGUUCAAGACGGUGCUGGGACUGCCAGCUCACCUGCAGGCCUGCAGGGCUCUGAUGAUCUUGUCUCUGCUGGUCGGUCUGGCCUCCAUCGCCGUCUCUGUGCUCGGACUCAAGUGCACCAAGAUCGGCAGGACGUCGGAGCACGUCAAAGAUCAGAUCGCCCUGGCCGGAGGGAUCAUGUUCAUCCUGUCCGGUGUCUUCACUCUGACAGCUGUCUCCUGGUACGCAGCCAGAGUCAUCCACGACUUCUACGACCCGCUGUAUGGAGGCGUCAGGUUCGAGCUGGGUACUGGUCUGUAUCUGGGCUGGGCGGCCUCCGGUCUGGCCAUCCUGGGGGGAUCAAUGCUCUGCUGCUCCUGCAGGAGGACCUCCUCCACCCCCCCUGCAAGGCAGUUUUCAUACAACUUCUCCUCCACGAGUCAAGGGCAGAACAUCUACAGAGCGGCUCCGGCCUCGGACGGCAGCAGCUCCAAGGCUUACGUCUGACCGCCUCGGACGCCGCCGCUUCCCGCCUGACAGGUCGCCGAGGCCCGAGCACAACAUCACAAGCUAAUUCAGGAUCGUGUUGGAUUUUAAAGGUGCAAUACGGAAGAAUUUUAGUUUCAAGGUUACAAAGUUGACUAAAAUUCUCAUCAAAACUGAGGAAAAAACUGCUGUCAAAGACUUCUGUGUAUUGUGUUGCAGAGAUAUCCGCUGAAGCUAGCAUGCUAGCCAGCUAGCUGCAGCCCGUCCUGUCUCGUGACACUUCUAGAAGCUAAGAAGAUAAAUGCGAGCUGCGAGUUUAUCAAGUUUCCUCAUCUCUCUAAGCUUUUUUUAGUCGAAUGAACAAACAAAAUAAAAUCCUAGAAUGUGAAGAAAGGAAAUA